AUGGCAGUGGCUGUGGACAGAGCCGAACACAAUGCCGGGAAGGGCUCCAUCCGCACAUCGUGUCGUGAUCUGGAAAGCUCCUUUUCCUUGGGAGUGGGCAAGGAGUGGGCAAGGAGUGGGCAACGAGUGGGCAGGGGGGGGGAGCAAUGGCAAAGAUUGAGCCAGGGUGCAGGCAUAGCAAGGCCGGAAGUCUAUUUGGAGUUUCUCGUGCGAAACUCUGCCUGGGGUGAUGCCGGCGACAAUGCCCCGAGAGUCAGUUUCUGCGUUCGUGCCCUGUCGGCGGCGUCUGGCGGCCGGCUCCGACAUGUCACGGGACUUGCAAUGGUUAGUCAGAAUACGCGCGACCCCGAAGGUUACCGUAGGGGUCGGUUACAGUGUAUAGUGUACACACUCUGCACAGUGCACACAGUCGACACAACACCAGAGUUCAUCGAUCCUUGGCUGGAACCAACUCCUAUUUUCCGCUUCAUUUGCUUUUGA